AUGCCUUACUGUUUGGGUAGCUUAAGCCAUCUUCGGACUCUUGAGCUAUCUAACAACCAAUUGGAUGGAAACCUGUCUGCCUUUGUGUCUGGUCUACAACCAGAGCUUGAGUACUUGUCGCUUUCUGGUAAUAACUUCAACGGUUCAUUCUUGUUCAACUCGCUGGUCAAUCACACAAGGCUCACAGUAUUCAAAGUAUCAUCAAAAGUUGGUAACAUCCAAGCUGAGGCAGAAAGCCCGUGGGUUCCAAUGUUUCAGUUGAAGAUGCUAGAGUUGCAAAAUUUCAUCCUUGGAAACACAAUUCCUGGGUUUCUUUUUCAUCAGCAUGACUUGUUCUAUGUUAAUCUCUCACAUAACAAGUUGACUGGGAUAUUUCCAACUUGGCUUGUGAGAAUAACACAAGAUUGCAAGUGA